AUGGGAGGCUGGUGGUCCGGUGGGUCCGAUGCUGACAACUCUUAUGGUGCUUCUGAGGGUCGUUCGGAUGGUGGUUUGGACGGUAGUGGUUCGGAUGGUGGUUUGGACGGUAGUGGUUCGGAUGGUGGUUCUGAUGCAGGUUCUGAUGGUGGUUCGGGCAAUCCUAUGCUGGACACUUUAAGGGAGCAGAACGCCGAGAUGAUGGGAAGCUGGUGGUCCGGUGGUUCGGAUGGUGGUAGCGGUGACGGUGACAGCUCGGAUGGUGGUUCGUAUGGUGGUUCGGAUGGUGCCUCCGGAUCGGGCGAUGGCAGCUCGGGUGGCUCUGCUGGCGGCUCGGACGAUGCUUGGGAUGAUAGUUCAUCUGGAGGCUUGGAAGAUGGUUCGAGUGGGGCCUGGGAUGGUUCGGAGGGGUCUGGCGAUGGUUUUGAAGAGGCUUGGAAUGGCUGGAGUGGAGGCUCGGGCAAUGGUAUGGAUGGAGGUUGGGACGAUGGUUGGGGAGAAGACUGGGAGGAUGGUUGGGGAGAGGAUGGUUGGGGAGAAGACUGGGAGGAUGGUUGGGAAGAAGACUGGGAGGAUCAUCAGCACCUCCUACACCACUCCUCUCCUUUUUUUUUCUUUCUUCUAAAGUGGAAGGCCUAUGCUUUCAUUUCACUGCUUGCCGUGUCCCCCACCCUCCGCACCCCCUGCACCACUCUUGCUUCUGCCGCCUCCUUGUGUGCUUCCCCUCUGUGGCAGCUUCCACCUCUCUCACUGCCAGCCUCAGCACCUCCCACACUACAACUCGCUGCCUGCCCCAUGGAAGGUGGGGCAGAAAGAUUAGGGAGGAGGUUGGUGGGGAGAGCGACUAGGGAGGAGGAAGGUGGGGCAGAGAGAAGGGACAGGUGGGGCAGAGUGAGGGGGCAGGUGCGGCAGAUUGAGGGGACAGGUGGGGCAGAGUGGGGGGAAAGGUGGGGCAGAGUGAGGAGACAGGGGGGCAGAGUGAGGGGGCAGGUGGCAGUGAGGGGGGAUGAGGAAGGAAAGAUGGGCGCAGCAUGGAGACAGGGAUGUGGAUGGAUGGGUAACGAGGGAUGUGACAAGGGCAUGCACAGCUGCAAGGGGUAG